CAAAUCUCCCCUUCUUAUUUAUUCUCACCAUAAAUUCCCUCUCUGUAAUAAUAUUCCUCAUCCAUGGCUUCUCUAAGAUCCUCAAUUCCUUUAACCUCCUCCGCCGACCAUAAAACGACCGGCGGUGAGGUUCAUGUGAUUGUGGGUCCAAUGUUCGCCGGAAAAACUACUGCGCUUCUCCGUCGAAUCGAUUCCGAGGGAAGCAAGGGCAGAAAUGUGGUCAUGAUAAAAUCAAGCAAAGAUAUAAGAUACGCUAGAGAUUCAGUUGUUACUCACGAUGGAUUGAAAUUUCCUUGUUGGGCGCUGCCAGAUCUGUCCUCUUUUCAUGAGAGAAUUGGUGAUGAGGCUUAUCAAAAGAUUGAUGUGAUUGGUAUUGACGAAGCUCAAUUUUUUGAGGACCUGUAUGAUUUCUGCUGUAAGGUUGCUGAUCAUGAUGGGAAAACUAUAAUUGUAGCAGGUCUUGAUGGUGAUUAUUUAAGGAGGAGCUUCGGCUGUGUUCUUGAUGUGAUUCCUCUGGCUGAUACCGUAACCAAAUUAACAGCAAGAUGUGAACUUUGUGGCAAACGAGCCUUCUUCACCUUAAGGAAAACAGAGCAGACAGAGACAGAACUAAUCGGCGGUGCUGACGUGUACAUGCCGGUUUGCCGUCAACACUAUGCUAAUGGACAACUAGUUAUUCAAGCUGCCAGGUCUGCUCUGGUCGGUUCAGUUAAAGCUCAAUCUGGUUCACAUUCUGAGUUUGCAGCUGCUGCUAUAUAGUGUGGCUGAAACUUCUAACUUAUGCCUUUGGUUUGGUUCAGAUUUAUUUGGAUCUUUUAUAGUAUGUUUAAUGUAUUUCUCCCAUUAUGUAUAGCAUAGUAUAAGUUAUAUUGGGUUUUUAGUAUUUUUCUUCA